AGCCGUUAAAGCUCCGAAAGGACAGUGUACCGCGAUAUUUUCCCGCGUUCGGAGCUCCUGCAAAGGAGCGAUCGAGAAUCGGAUUCUUCAGUUAACCGUCCGCGAUUUCAAGCUCCAAGGUUCUCCCAGGAAAGUUUCGCUUCCCCGGCUCGAAAAGAGCUCCUGGUUCUCGGUUAAGGCGGCGCAAGUACUCGAUAAGGAUGUCCUUCUCCAAAGCCAGGAUUCAACGGUUCAACGAGCUCGGAAGUGAAGCCCCACCACCAGGUGCAUACGACCCCAAGUUUGACGUCAAAGUUAAAGGUGCUGUCCUGGAAAAGACAGAACGAUUCCAGGAAUCGAGAAGCGUGUCCAGCAGCAGCGUAGAAUGUGUAACGUCAGUUUCCAGCAAGGGUACAACAAAUGCGGUUCCUCAUUCAUUCAGAACGCCACAAUUGCCACGAAAGAAGAUACUUGUGAAGCCAUUACCAGCGAGUUGUCCUAAAAAAAGUAAAGUGACCACUGGCACGCCUAAGGCAAAGUAUGAAAUCGAAAAUGAACUGGCGGACCUCAAGGUGGAGUGUCUUAAUAAGGACAAAACAAUCGCUGAAUAUGAACGACACAUCGAUGAACUUAGAGAAGAGAUACAGAAAUUGGGAACGGAACUGGCUGAGGUUCAGUCGAAGCAGGCCGAAGUGGAGGAGCAACACAGCAGGGACAUAGAAGCGAUGGCGAGACUACAGCAGGAAGUACUCACCGAUCACGAUGAAAAACAUUCCGCCGAGCUGGAACUACUUAGGGUCCAGUUAACGGAAGUGAUGGAGAGCAAAGAACGCGAAGUCAAUUUGCAGAAAGAAAUUCAAAAUGACCUGCGGUCUAAGAUCGAGGAAUUGACCGAGAGGACGACAAACAUGGAGGAGGAGUUGAGAAAAAAGCAGGACGAAGAAAUCGCCAAGAUAUUGCGCCGCUUGGAGCUGGACAGCCACGAGAAUGAGAAAACCUUGCAGGAGGAGAUCGUCGAAUUGAGGAAAAGUAAAGAGCAGGUCGAGAGGGAGUUGACCGAUCUCAGGCUGGACCAUGAAAACGUCCUGAAUGAUUCCAGCAGGAAGGACAAGAGCUUGCAGGAGGAAAUGGAAGAAUUGAGGAAAAGCAGGGAGCAAGUCGAAUUCGACUGGUCAGUUGUCAGAUCGGAGCAUGAAAAGGCGCUACAUAGUUUUGAGGAAAGGUUAGCGAUGAAAGACAGGGAAAUCGAAGAGCUUAAGGACUCUUCGAGGCAGACCAUCGAGGAAGAGACAAAACGCAUUCAGGGUCACGCUAAUAUGCUUAUCGAAAAUGCAGAAGCUGUUACUCGCGAGACAUUAGCUGCCUGUCGAGCCGAGUGUGAGGAACGCGUUAAACGGACGAUCGCCGAAAGUGAUGCAAAGAUAAGUACUAUGGUGAGGGAGGCCAGAACCGCGGUGGAGGAUGAGAUGCGAACAGUCGCGGAAAGGUAUAAAUCUUGUUUAGAACGCGUGGAGUCCGAAAGAGCAAUGCUCGACGAGAAGCUAACUCAAAAGGACGAAGAAGUUAACAAAUUGUCGCAGGCUUUCGAAGAGUUGAAAAAUUCAGCCGAGACACAGGAGAGCUUCAGCCAGAGUUUACAAGCGGAGCUCGAUCGCGCGGAGACGGAACUCAUGGAUAAGAAAGAAGAGCUGAAAGCUCUGAAAGAUCAUAUGCGGGGUGAGGCGGCUGCCAUGGUUGCGAGGAGGAAGAGGUUUGAGAUCGUCAUGGCAGAGAACCAAGCAUCCGUUGCAGCUCUUACCGAUCGUCUCGCACAAAGUGACGCAGAAGUCGAGAGGUUGCAACGCGAGGUACAAUGUGGAGAAGUCUGUAUAAAAGAACACCGAGAAUUGCUAAGCGCCCUGCGGGACAGUUCGAAAAUGACGUACGAUCAGAUUCGUUCCCUGAUGGACCAGUUAGAUGUGAAGAGGGAAUUGAUGGACCAGGUGGACGCGAGCAUUGCGGACUUCGAAUCCAUAAAGUCAAUUUUCGAGGCGAAGAUAGAGGGCUUGAAGGACAUCGCCGCUAAGGAAUUGACCCUGGUCCGUGAAGAGUGCGACAGGAAGACAAAGCUCAAUGUUGCGUUGAAGGCACAGCUCGACGAGAUGUCGACGAAAUUGUCAGAGGCUCAGGAAUUGCUUCUGAAUUUGGAGGAGAAGUACGACUCACAGGUCGUGGAAAUCGCUAAGCUGCAAUUGGCUAAUGAAAGGAUGCAACAGGAGAUUAAAUUAUUGUGCAAGGUGGCGAAGGACAACGAGGCUCUGUUCGAAGAACAAACGGAUAGGCAUACGGAGGAGAAGAACAAACUGAAGGACAGUUUGAGUCAGUUAAAACUGAAAGUCGAGGAGUUGAAGAGAACGUUGAAGGAACGAGAUGAGGAAGUAAAGUCCCACGACGUAGAUAAAAUGCGCUUGUUAACUGUCCAAGCGGAACUGGCCAAGGUAUCGAAGGAAAAUGAACGACGGGAAAACGUAGAAGAGGAAUAUAGAAUCCUGUCGGAGAAUUACCAGAGACUGAAAGCCGAGUUCGAGGACGUCGCGACGAAAUACUCCGAGAUUCUCGGCCAUCACAAUCACAAGCAACGAAUAAAGCACAUCUCGCAACUUAAGGAGAAGAUCUGUCGAUUGGAGCAGGAGGUGGAGUCAAGGAACGUGAUCAUAGACCAUCAGCAAAAGUCUAUUGACAAGCUGAAAGAAGACAAGCGGUUGCAGUCCAAGGGCAAGGAAAACCGCCUCGUGGCGAAAAGCGCGCACACGACGCCCGUCUCAUCGCCGCUGAAGCCAGCGACGCCAUUACGCGAACGGAACGAAUAGUAGUUAGUUAAUUAGAUGUCCUUCAAUAUGGAAAGAAAGAGCCGGAGAAUAUCGUAGAUGUAAAUUAAUCAGAGCCGGAGAAAGGUAGCCGUCAUAUGUGCCCAUAAUUAUGAAAGUGGUCUAAGUCAAAAUUAAAAAAAAAAAUGAGUUUAUCAGUUAUUUUACGCCAUAUUAUUUCGAACGAAAUUCAAUGCAAUUUCGAAACAAAAAAUAUAUGACUUAGACCACUUUCAUAAUUAUGGGCACAUAUAUCCUCCAUCUACACCGUUCUACCUGGCGAAGCCAAUCCCGAAGAAUAUCCGUAAGAACGGUCAUAUACUUAAUCAUCCCUCAUUGUUAUCGAAAGUCUUCACGACGUUGUGUUAUUAAGGUUUGACCACAUCAUGCAUCAUAAGAUAAUUUUGUUAACGUAGGAUACGAAAGAGCGAAUUACGCCAACAAUUUAACGCGUUAAGAUAUUUUUUUUACAUUUUUCGAAUACUUAGCUACUGGCGUAGAGAUUCCCGAUAGUUUAACCGUAGGUAGUUAAGUUUCUCUUAAAUCGUUGGCGUAACUUAUAUUAAUGUCGUUACCCGCCACGUCGUGGAUACAAUUACUGGUAGUUGUAAUAAAUGCGAUAUAUAUAUAUA